AUGCCGGGCAAGUUCCUCGAAUGGGAAACCAACACCGUGAAGAAACCAUACGAUAGCAGGUUACUCCGCGUUGUACUAUGCUUACAUUUGGUCGGAGGUGCUGGUAACAACCCGAUCCAGCAGUUUUUGAUCGGCGCUUUGGAACCUGAUGUAAAUCAUCUCUUGAAGCGCAAACACAUGCUUGAGUAA